AUGGACUGGGGCGACCUUGACGAGGGCCUGUUCGAGGACGCCGACGGCACCAAGGGUCAAGUGGCAGAGGGCCACGGUGUACCACGAGGCUUGGUGGGGAAGCUGAAGGACCGCAAGGCCCUGGAUACGCACAAGUUCGGCCUGAUCGUGGGCAAAGAGGACUACCAGACGCUUCUACGUUGCCCCGCGGUCCGUCGGAUGGGGGACGAGGGUGACGAGGUUGAAGACGAGAACGAAGAGCUGGAGCUGGACCCGCUGGCCCGGUGGUGGGACGAUGGGCUGGAGCUGCACGGCAUGGAACCAGAACGACGACAGGCAGCAGCACACUGGGGAGCAUCAGCACGUCUUGGAUCUGGAGGUCGUUCCGCUGGCCUCCCUGAAGAAGUCGUUGGCGCAGGCGGUGGUGCUGAAGUGCAACCUUCGCGACACCUUCACGCUGGCGCUGGGUGA